ACACAUAUCGCGUCACGGCACUUGCACCGAGAUGACUGAUAGUAACACAGCAGAUACUUAUUACACUAUUAAUCGAAAUUUAUUGUUAUGUAUUGGCCUAUGGCCAUAUCAAAGUUUUGGUUUCAGAUGUGUUCUAAUAACGAUGAUGACCAUAAUACUUAUAUCAGGAGUAGUAUUUCAGUUUACAACCUUCGUCACAAGAGAAUACAGUAUGGAUCUUCUUCUGAAGAUCCUCGCAUAUAGUAUGCCAUGGCUAACUUAUCUAUUGAGAUAUAAUAUUCUUUGCUUAAAUACGAAAAAGAUGCAAAGCCUUAUAGAACGAGUGCAUAUCGACUGGAAUGAAAUAAACAACGCGCGUGAACUUGAGAUAAUAAAAAAAUAUUCAGCUAUUGGAAGACUCAUCACAUUGGUUACGACAUUAUCCAUCUAUUUGAGUACAUUUAGCUUCAUUUUGAUACAGCUUCUGUCAAAUUUUGUUCUGGACAUCACAAAGGCUGUGAACGAAUCUCGUCUGCGACAAUUUCCGGCCGAGAUCGAAUGUUUUGUAGAUCAGCAAAAGUAUUUCACUCCGCUUUUAUUGUAUCUGUUCUUUGUCGUUUUAUGCAGUCUAACUGUGCUGAUAGCCGUCGAGACACUUUUUAUGUUAUAUACGCAACAUGCUUGCGGAUUAUUCGAAGUAGCCAAUUGUCGCAUAGAACAAACAUUGCAUAGAGGUAUGGUACAAGAUGUCAUAUCUGUUGCUGAAAAAAACUCGAUAAUAUAUCAGGGAAUAAUCAGCGCAGUCGAUAUACACAGAAAAGCAAUCGAGUUUAUUGAAAUGUCGAAAGAAAAUUUUAAGUGGGUGUUUUUCACUGCACUACCAUUGACGGUACUAUCGCUAAGCAUCAAUCUCUAUCGCCUUUCUCGACAGAUAACAACUAAAGAACAUCAGGAGACAGUAACAACUCUUUUGUUUGUAAUGGGUCAAUUUGGGUAUCUGUUUUUCUGUAACUAUUUGGGACAGAAGGUGAUCGAUCAUAGCGGCGAUAUUUUUCACAAAACAUACAACGUACAAUGGUACAUGGCUCCAUUAAAAGCUCAAAAGUUAUUGCUGCUUGUAAUGCAGAGAAGCAUGCGAUAUUGCACGAUUACGAUUGGCGGCUUAUUUAUUCCAUCUUUAGAAGGAUUUGCCACGCUUACAAGCAUGUCACUUUCAUAUUUUAUGGUAAUUUAUUCUAUCCAAUAAGUUUAUAAUAUAAAAUUUAUCAUUAUAGUUGAACACGCAUAUAUAGAUCGUCACAAUGCAAUAAUUUUAAUAUAUCUUGUUGUAAAUGCUAAUAUAAUAAAAUAUAAAAGCUAUUUAUAAAAUUAUAUUUGUUAUCGUUUAGUUUAUUAAAAAUAAAUGUGAAAUUUUACGGAAUAUACGAUAUAUACAUUUUUUUAUAGAAUCAUGCACAAUGUAAAAAAUGAAAUAAGGAUUAGUGCGACAUUAGUCAAGAAGAUAUGCAACAAUCGAGUCGUAUUUCUUAAGUAAUAGAAAUAUAUGUUAUCACUUU